AUGGAAUCCUCUGCAGGGCCUGGGACGCCUUUGCCCAAAUACUGCAGUGUGGCCACGACCCUGAAGUCCCCUUCCAGGACUGGCGCUGCUCCUCCCUGGGGACUCUCCUUCACCUGCCCCUUUGCCACCCAAGCACCCUGGCUCAGCCGGCACAACCCGCUCUCCAGAUAUGCAUCUUACCACCCGUGUCUCCACAUUGCUGACUCAGCAUGGCAGGGGCCUGGCUGGUUGGGAAGAGUUGGAGAUGCUGCUGACACAUGGGUCCUGGCAAGAAGGGGACCAGAUGGCUUUUAUUACUGGGCUCAGAUAAAGGCUGCUCCAGAGCUGGAGAGACGGGGGGCCCUGCUUGUGGAAUUUGAGGUUCCCCUCGUCACAGACCCGAAGCGGCCAGCCCAGCGGCAGAACGUGGUCUUAGAAGAUGAUGUCAUUCAGUUCUUGCCAUCCACGGAAUGCUCACUGCGACCUGGGGACACGGUGCUUGCCCCCUGGGAGCCAGACCGACAGCGGUAUGGCCCUGGCACCGUUCUCUUGGCCUCGGAGGCAAGAGACCCCCAGAGAGCCUCAAAAGAAGGAGAAAUUACUGUUCACUUCUGGAAUGGCAAGACAGCUAGCGUGCCUCGAGGCGGGGUCAGGUGGGUGCCCCCCGCUGUCUGGAAGAAGGCUGGGGGGAGGCUGCACAAGCCUUCAAUCAAGGAGCACGCCGGCGCCCUCCUCUGGGCCCCUUGCUGCUCUCCGCGCGGACCGGCUGCAGGAUGGGUCACCAACGGGCUUUCUCCGGGCACUCCGUUCCUGUGUCCUCCCUGCGUCCCCCAGGCCUGCUGCCAACUGCUGGGCCAGGGCUGCCUCUGCCCUUGCCCCUUGGCUGGACCUACCUGGUGGCCUCUAACCAGGGCCAAAGAACAUCCAGAGGUAGAACUGAAGCCCACAGCACCACGUUUGCCCCUAGAGGGUCCUAAAGAAGAGGAAGGAGCAGUGCAAGCUCCCCUGGGGGUUUCUUCUUCUUCUUCUUCCUCUUCUUCCGAAGAGGAUUUGGAGAAUGAUCUGCAGAUUGGCCUCCCCCAGAGGCUGAUGGUGGACAGCACGGUCAACACAGACCCCAUCCUCCUUGAGAAGUCUCCGAGGAGGCAGGGUGGCCUCUGCCAGCCCGAGUGGAGGUAUUGGAGGAGAAACGGGUCCAAGCUGCAACCUGGGAAGCCAGGAACAAGACAUGGAACCAUCUGGAGAGAAAAGAGGGGCAACAAACAACAAAGGGUACAGAGUGUAGUGCUGGGGAAUACGAAGGAGCUGGUCCUGGAAGCAAGCGGCGUGAAGCCACCACAGAUCCUGCCAGAGGACGGUGAACACAGAGAAUGGAGUCCGGGAACAGCGACCCACCAGAGGGACCAAAAUGCCCUCAGACUGAAAGCCCCGAGGAGCCAGGAAGCUAAAAGAGCAGUGGUGGUAACUACCUGA